AUGUGGCAGCUUUUAGCAGUAGCGUGCUGCAUGCUUCUACUUAGACCUACAUAUGGUUAUCGAAAGAGAGGAAUCACCACAAAUCCUGAAGCCAAUAUGAAUAUUAGCCAAAUUAUUUCCUACUGGGGUUAUCCUUGUGAAGAGUAUGAUGUUGUGACAAAAGAUGGCUAUAUUCUUGGAAUUUACAGAAUUCCUCAUGGAAGAGGAUGUACAAGGAAUACAGCUCCAAAGCCUAUUGUGUAUUUACAGCAUGGCUUAAUUGCAUCAGCCAGUAACUGGAUUUGCAACCUGCCUAGCGAGAGUCUGGCUUUCAUUCUGGCAGAUGCUGGUUAUGAUGUGUGGAUGGGAAACAGCCGGGGAAAUACCUGGUCCAGAAAACACUUAAAAUUUUCACCCAAAUCACCAGAAUUCUGGGCCUUUAGCUUGGAUGAAAUGGCAAAAUAUGACCUUCCAGACACAAUCAAUUUUAUCAUUGAGAAAACUGGGCAGGAGCGACUCUACUAUGUGGGCCACUCCCAAGGCACCACCAUCGCUUUCAUAGCAUUUUCUACAAAUCCAGAGCUGGCUAAAAGGAUCAAGAUAUUUUUUGCUUUGGCUCCAGUUAUCACAGCGAAAUACACCCAAAGUCCUAUGAAAAGAUUAACAACUCUUUCUAGAAAAGUGCUGAAGAUGCUGUUUGGUGACAAGAUGUUCUAUCCUCAUACAUUUUUUGACCAGUUUAUUGCCACCAAGGUGUGCAACCGCAAGAUAUUUCAACGUAUUUGCAGCAAUUUCAUGUUUUCUUUGAGUGGGUUUGAUCCAAAAAACCUAAAUAUGAGUCGCUUGGAUGUUUACUUGUCACAUAGCUCUGCUGGAACAUCUGUUCAGAACAUGCUGCACUGGGCCCAGGCUGUUAAUACUGGUCGAUUCCAAGCAUUUGACUGGGGAAAUCCUGAUCAGAACAUGAAGCACUUCCAUCAGCUUACACCACCUUUAUACAACGUUACUAAGAUGAACGUUCCAACUGCAGUGUGGAGUGGCAAACAGGACCGAGUGGCUGAUCCCAAGGAUGUGGAGAAUUUACUCCCUAAAAUUUCCAGACUUAUUUAUUAUAAGUUAAUUCCACACUACAAUCAUUUGGAUUUUUACCUUGGUCAGGAUGCCCCCCAGGAAAUUUACCAAGACCUAAUCAGAUUAAUGGAAGAAUGUUCAUAA